CGGUUGCCGGCGCCAGCACACCCAGGGGCCGCGAUCCGGUCGGCAGGGCUGGGCAGUGGCUGGAAAGUGUCCUCGAAGGGCUGAGCAGAGACCCGAAGGCCGCGUGAGAGGGGUGAAUGCCCGAGGGCCAUUUUGCUUGGCAGGAGGGCAGAAAACUCCUGUGGCUGGAGCAUCCGGGUGGGGGCCGCGAGGGCGGAUCCCACGAACCCUUGCAGGUGUGUUGGGGAUUUCGGUCGUUUUCAGAAUUGCAGUGGGAAACCACCGAAGGGUUUUGAGUUAGAGAUUGGGUGGAUUCAGAGGACUGGAAGAUGGCGACAGAUUCCCUGGGAGAUUUACAUUCUGGAAGGGCGGGGACCGGCCCGGGAACAGAUAAGUGCCCCCCCCCCCGCCCCCCUCCCGUCGCGCCACAAGUCUGUUAAGUUAUACCCGGCCCCCUUGCAUUCGCCAGCUAGCGGAGCUCUGGUGGAUGUAGAAACUACUAUCUGAGGUAGAAGUGCCAGGGGCAAGCAGCAGCUGCCAGCAUUCGGUCGCCACAGUCACACUUCCUCCCCAAGCCAGACGGCUAGUUUAGAAUUUGGACCAAGGGCCUCUUCCUACUGCCCACAGCUAGUGCCAUUUUGACGACUACUGACCAGAUGGGUCUUUCGUGCUGGGGGUCAGGAAAGCCAGGUCCUUGAGGAUACUAUUAUUGAGACUGUUUCCAAGUAUUUUAGUGGGGUCAGCUGGAGAGUGGGAGAAUAAUCCAGAUGUGUACACCUCACAGAAAGAUUGUGAAUAAUCUUGAAGGAAAGAAAGGAAUGGAGGGAGGGAUGGAGGCAGGGAGGGAAUCAACUUUAGAUCCCCAAAUGCACCUUCCAUGUCAACUUCCUUUUUAGUGGUCCAACUAACCACUAAAAUUUAGUGGCCAUUGUUAAAUGCCUUUUUCCUUGCUGGUAUUUUCAAUUCCACCACCCAUCCAAAAAAUUGAAAGAAAAAAAUGUCAACAGGUUUUUAUGUUUUUAUUCUUUUCAUUCCAUCUUGAGAGAAGAGGCGGAGUGAAUGCCUGGUGGGCUCAUGGUGAACCCUGAAUAAGUAUUUGCUGUUGGGUUGUUAUCACUAUUAUUCUUUACUAGGAUCUGUGUAUAUUAAAAAUCUACAGAAUUGUGUAAUUUUUGGCCGUAGACAGGAUCUUAGAAAGUGUCUCCUUUAAUCUAAUUUUCCAAUGAAACCAGAUCAGAAUGAAGAGAGUUGCACAAGGUGGUUUGUGACAGAUACAGAGCCGAUUACCUCAAGCAUAGGCUUUCUUUCCAGAAUACCCCAUUGUUGCUCUAGAGAAUGCUUUGGGACAGCAGAAAUCAUGUCCUCAGUGGUACAGUCUAGGGUUUAAACACUAUGCUGUGGACCAAGAAUAUCCUUGAGCAAGUUACUUAGCAUUUCUGCACUUUAGGUUCCUUAAAAUGGGGCCAGUAAUUGUUACCUCCCCGGGCGGUGCUGAGAGGAUUCAAUGGCACAGAACAGGGGUUCGAUAACUCUUGGUUUCCUUGACCAAAUAAGAAGCUGUUGUGCCUCAUCCCCCUAACCACCCUUGCUGAUAUGUUUUGUUUCUCUCUGACCUCAGGUUCCUAGAGGUGGGCACCAGCCAGUGGCUGGACACAGGGUGAAACAGAAGGCAGACGCCUUCGUAGCCCCAACUUGGCAUCACUGGACAAUGGCAGCUGAGCCAGGGGUACUGGUUCCCUGAACUCUGUAGCCUAGGCUUUGAGGGAACCAGAGGUGUACUCAAUUGAGAAUUUGGACAGCAGAACAAAAAAGGAAGACAGCCCCUUGGAGCAAAUACAUUUGUCACAAGAAGCCACGUGCAACCCUGGGGCCUUUGCAAAGCCUUUCCAUCUGCUCAGUUACUGGGAGGUAGAUAGCCUCAGAUGAGUCCAGUCAGCUUUGGGAGCCAGGCCAGGAGUGGAUAAAGCUAGAAAGAGACACCAUGGAAGAGAAGGCAUUUGGCCAGCUGAAGCCUAUCGAACCUGUACAGAAGCUGCUCCCUCGGGUGGACGAGGAGGCCCUGCCGGAAGCCAUGAAGAGAGAGUGCUGGCAGAAGGCAUGGGUGAAGAAGCCGGUCACCUUUGAGGAUGUGGCAGUGAAUUUCACCCAGGAAGAGUGGGAAUGUCUCGAUGCCAGUCAGAGGGUCCUCUAUCAGGAUGUUAUGUCAGAGACCUUCAAGAACCUGAUGUCUGUGGCCAGAAUCUUUUUAUCUAAUCCAGAUCUGACCACCCAGCUUGAACAAGAAGAGAAACAGUGGCGAGCAGAUUUCCGUCACCCAAAUGGAGAAGGCCUCCCAUCUGAAGGCAAGAAGGAGGAACUUCAAGAACAGACUCAGAGUUUGAGAGAUGAGGGGACUAGCGAUGACAAGAAGGUCUCCCUUGCUUGCAGAGGGGCAGGCCCAUCCUCUGCUCUAGCUGGGUCCAUGGACAGGACCCCAGUAUUCCCAGCAUCUUCGACUGGGCCACCCUUUUCCUGCCACAUCUGUGGCAGAUGUUUCAGCAAGCGCUCCAACCUCCACAGCCACCAGUUUGUUCACAAUCCCAAGCGGACUAACAGCUGCAGCCAGUGUGGGAAGUCAUUUCGGAACCCCAAGGCCCUCAGCUACCACAGACUCAUGCAUCUUGGGGAAAGGCCCUUCUGUUGCUCACUCUGUGACAAGACCUACUGUGAUGCUUCUGGACUGAGUCGUCAUCGCCGUGCCCAUCUGGGUUACCGGCCCCAUUCAUGUGCCUUCUGUGGGAAGGGCUUCCGGGACCAGUCUGAGCUCAAACGCCACCAGAAGACACACCAAAACCAGGAGUCUGUGGUUGGAAACCAGAAACAUAUUGUGAGGAUUCCAGGCACCACAGCUGGAUUCCAGGAACCCAUUGUCAAGAGCCAGGUGUCCUUCCAGGGCCUGGCAGCUGGGAACCAUGCACCAGUGGCCGGGACUCAAGGACCCAUAUUUAGAACCAAGAGUCCUGAGGCUCAGAACCAGGCACCUAUAGUCAAGAACCAAGUGGCCACUGUGAGAACUCGGGCACCAGUUAUUACCACGCCGGGGCCUGUGACCAGGACCCAAGCAGCCAACUCUAUGGCUCCUUGCUUGGAUACCAAGUCCAACUCUAACCCAGCAAAGCCUUCAAGACUCAAGGUCUUCUCUUGCCCUCAUUGUCCCUUGACUUUUAGCAAAAAAGUCUAUCUCUCCAGCCACCAGAAGGCCCACCUCACAGAGCAGCGCAACUGCUGCUUCCACUGUGGCAAGUCCUUCAGCUCAUUCUCUGGGCUGGUCAGGCACCAGCAGACUCACUGGAAGCAGAAGAUCUACCGUUGCCCUAUCUGCGACGUAUGCUUUGGGGAGAAGGAGGGCCUUAUGGGUCACUGGGGGAGUUACAAAGGCAAGGGGCUCUGCCUGGGCAGUCCCCAUAAAUGCUGGGCGAUCUUGGGUCAGUGGCUUGGCUUCUUUCGCGAUGCCUCCCCUAAAGCAGGGAAAGAAAUGGAUCUCCUAGGAUCCAUACCCCCAGGAGAGGGGAGGGAGAGAAAGGAGAAGGUGUGCAGAGGAAAGAAAGCAUUGAGACAGUGAGCAUCUUGGAACAUAAAUAAAUGGCCUUUCUGACUGAGGUCUUUCUUUGUGUUUGGUUUUCCUGAGAAUUAACCUCCAGGGUAAGGAGGCUGGGGUAGAGGAAGAGAGCUGAAGGUAAUGAAGGAAAUGGAGAAAGGAAGAGGAACAAGAAGUGGCACACGGAAACUCGUAUUAUUAUUAAUUAGCACCUAGCUUGUUUCUUUGUGUCUCAUAGACCAUCAAGUAGUAAUUGUUGAAUAAGAUAGUGGAUACUCUGAUAGGUAUGAAGAUGGGAGAAAAAGGAUGAGAGGAGGGAGAG